AUGACGGCCAUACCUGGCCUGUGGCUCGCCAAUGGCACCUUCUCCAAAGAGUACACCUGCGAGGCAGGCAACCUCGGCAACUUGAUUCCCGAGUUCCACUGGGGCGGGCCCAAGGUAGGUUGCUUGUUCGAUGCCUAUGGGCUUCAUCUUACUCUCAGGUCUGCUCGCUGCGUAAAAAAGGUUGAGAGCUUCCGCCGACUGCAUCUGCAGACGCGGCCGGGUGCCCUUCUCCUGUACACGUUUGCCCAGCAUGUGGUGCCGGCGAUGGGCCGGUGUUCUGUCCAGGCCUUUCUCGCCGGGACAGCCGCUUCCCUCGCUGAGCAGGCCAGCCCCCUGCCAGAGGUAGCUGCCGGCGUUGCCCGGCUGGAAAUUCAUCAGUCCUCAAGCAGCUACUCUCGGAUCAUGAAGCGGAACCGCGUUCCCUACAUCGACUUCGAGACAGGCUUCCCUAAGGAGGAGGCGCCCAAGCAGACAGUCGGGACUGCCUUCACACUCGCAAAGCAGCAGAAGCUGGAGCGGUUGUUGGAGGCGACGCCUCAGUCAACAUUUCGGGGACGGGUCAUCAAGCAGCUCUCAACUCGAAGGAUUCGGCAUUCCGGCCGCGGUGAUGUUGGCAGGAUCACGACGCGGCACCGCGAAGGCGGCACGAUGCAGCGGCUGCGAUUCGUGGACUUCAAGCGCGCGCGCAAGGAUAUUCCUGCGUCGGUUCUUCGCAUUGAGUACUCCCCAGAGCGCACCUCACACGUCGCCCUGAUCCAGUACCAGGACGGCGUAUUGAGCUACAUCCUGGCACCACUGACACUUCGACCAGGGGACCAGGCGGGGUCUCGGAAGCAAGCAACAUUUCAUUUUUUUGGGGGAAGUUGA